AUGGCGGAAUCAAACGCCCCCCAAGCGCCCAAUCCUGUAGUCUUUUUCGAUAUAGCUCUGGGAGGAGAGCCACUGGGCCGAGUCAAGAUGGAGCUGUUUGCCGAUGUCACGCCCCGAACGGCCGAGAACUUUCGUCAAUUCUGCACUGGCGAGACGAAGAACAAUCUAGGCCGGCCUCAGGGCUACAAAGGGAGCAAGUUCCACCGUGUGAUCAAAGAUUUUAUGAUCCAAGGAGGUGACUUUAUCAAUGGUGAUGGAACAGGGAGUACUUCCAUAUACGGAGGUCAAAAAUUUGCAGAUGAGAACUUCAAUCUCAAGCAUAACAAAGAAGGACUCUUGAGCAUGGCAAAUUCUGGACCAAAUACAAACGGUUGCCAAUUCUUCAUCACCACAGUGCCUACGCCCUUCCUGAACAACAAACAUGUUGUGUUUGGCCAGGUCGUGGAGGGUAUGGAUAUUGUCCACAUGGUCGAAAAUACUCGGACCACAAGGGACAAACCGAAUCAAGACGUGACCAUAGUUCAGUGCGGAGAGAUGUGA